GCAGCCCAAGUCCAGAACUGAACCCAGUGCCCUAGCACUGCAAGGCAGUCAUGCUAACCACUGCACCAUCCAGAGUGAACUUUUGCUUGUUUAUUGUCACUUAGACAUAAGAUAGACAAUUGUGGUUAAAACAGGAAUAUGCUGUGUGUCCAUAUGGAUUCAAAACAUUUUUUAAAGAUCUUCACAGUCAUCCAAGGUGUCUUUAAAUAGUAUGGUACUGAUUUUUUAAAUUCUAACUACAGUCAGGAGGUUGAGCUUUAAAAUAACAAGAAAUACGAAAAUACCACACACAAAAACCGAGCUUAACAUUGUUCUCCAGUCUGUAUUUUCUUUAAUUAUAUGUUAGACAGAGAAUGAAUUCAAUAUAUAGAAUAUCAAAUCGUAUUCAAAUUGAGAUCAUACCUGUCCUAAAUGCUUACCAGCUUUAUGUAUUUUCUUAAACUGCCUUGACAUUCUCUAUUCAUUCAUCCAAAAUAAUUUCUGUUCAUCAAGAUUGAACACAUAGAUUGAUUUAACUCUUUAAAAGAUGCAAUUUCGCUAAAGCAAAAGACUUUAUCUUCAUAUAAUUUUAGUUUAGUUUACACAGGAGAGUGAAUACACAGGAAAAUCAGUUUAUUGUCUGUUAACACUUCAGAGACCUGUUAAAUAUUUUGGUUACCUAGGAGUGGUGACAUUUUAUAUGUUACGUGAAUUAAUUUUGAAUGACAUUCAUUGUAAUGACGGAAUCGCUACGUUAUUGUAAUAUAAAUGUUUUACUUAUUUAGUUACUAGUUAAAGUUAGUUGUUGCCAGUAUUUUUAUUUUAUAUGAAAACAUUUUGGUCCAAAUAUAGUUGGUUUGCUCUAGUAUCAUAGUUAAGAUUACAUUUCAUUUUUGAAACCCGCAGUCUUCGUGCCCACAUUAUUUAAUUCACCGGCAGAAGGAACUGUUAGUUGUGUCUUAUUAGUCCAUUACUAUUCGUCUCUUUUUUAAAAGUAUUCACGUUUGAAGUUAUCAUCUGCAAAAUAAAUACUUUCUGCAUCUGAUGAACAUUGUUGUUUUUAUUAACAUGACCGGGUUAUUACUUUACUCAAAUCAGCAUUAGAACAAAAUAUAGUUUUUCCCAAUUGUCUUGUUUUUACUAGGAUUUAAGCUUCCCAUGUGAAACUCUGGUUCCUUCCAUAAAAACAGUUCUAAUGGUAUUCAUUUUGUUUGGUAUUUAGCCAUCUAUGUAGUAUUGUAUUGAGCUUGUAAAAUGAAGAAAUUUUAAAAAUCACAUUUUACAAAGAGGAGUGAGACAUCGGAUUCUUAGAGUGUUAACCUAUGUUGCACUGACGUUAAAUAUUUGAAAAAGUUAUAGGCUAUUUAAAUCUGCUAAAAAUUACGCGACGCUUUUCUUUUUUCUGUAAAGUAUGGAAUCAAAAGGAACUGCAAGUUGGUGCAUUGCCGAACCUUCUCCUAUUGGCCAAGACUGUAUGUCCUUAUUGGGUUGUUGUAGUGUCAAUAAUGAUUCGUAUAACGCUAGUAGCGAAUCAAAUGUCAACUAAAGCAGGGGAAAAGCCAGAGUGAACGGAAGGAAAAACCGGAUGUGGUUGUUGUACAGUUGUUAUUUAAUUUUAUCUAUUAGCUAGCAUCACGCUACUAUAUUAACUAUAUAGUAGAAUUAUCUCGUCAUAUUAAGAAACAAGACGAGUGAUGUCGAUUAUUAUAUCCCCUAGCACACUAUUGUGCUGAUAAAAACGUAGUAACAUUUUCUGUUUUUAUUGUAUGUUGUGAGAACUGUUGUCCUGUUGUUUACAUCAAGGGCUUCGACUCUUUUUGACCGUGAUCGUUGACGCAUUCGAUGUAUGCUUUGAGUUGAUGGAAAUAUAAUAAAUGACAACAAUCAGAGAGCUCCUUUUGCUGCUUCAUCCCAAAGAAGAGCUCGAAGACAACGGUGAAAGAAGUGAGCUCCACCAGGCAGUGUCUAACGAUGACGACAAACACCUCGCAAAGCUUCUCUCCCAGGAAAGAUACAGGAAGUUCAUCAACAGCAGGAAUGGUUGGGGUAUUCCUGGCACCCCACUCCGCAUGGCCGCAUCUCGAGGUCACCUGAGGUGUUUAGAGGUCCUGUUGGCUCACGGUGCUGAGGUGGACAGCUUGGACGUCAAGGCCCAGACUCCUCUCUUCACUGCUGUCAGCGGCAAGCAUCUGGACUGUGUCCAGGCCCUUCUGAAGGCUGGGGCUAACCCUAAUGGCAGCUUAUACAACAACUGUUUUCCAGUGCUGACUGCAGCCAGAGAUGGAGAUGUGGACAUCUUAAGGGAACUUGUGCAUUAUGGUGCUGAGGUCAAUGCAAAAUCUAAAUUUCUGUUCUGGGCUCCAGACAGUGCUGUUUCCAGUGGCCCUCUCUAUAUUUCUGCAAUUUAUGGCCACCUGGAGUGUUUCAGAAUUCUUCUCCUUUAUGGUGCAGAUCCAAAUUACAACUGCGUUGAUGAAAAGCUGUUUAAAAGGAUCAGACAGCCCAAGACAGUGCUGGAGCUGUGCCUUAGACGUGGAUGUGGGGUUGAGUUCGUCCAAAUGUUGAUAGAUUUUGGGGCAAAUGUUUACCUUCCCACACUCAUUAUAGAAAAAUCUACAAAGCAAAAUGAAGCUGUAGAAUUAUUGCUGUAUGAAAGAGGUUGUCCAAGAACUCUUAUGUCUCAAUGCAGGCUUGCUAUCCGAAGGCAUCUGAAAAUUAUCAACAGAACACAUUGUAUGGAUCACCUAGACAUACCAACAAGCCUGAAGAAGUACUUGAAGCAUGGGAUCUGAAUGAGACAUCCAGCUCUGUAUCUUUAUUGAUGUACUGUAGGCAGCUGUGCCUUUUAAAUAUGAACGGUGCCAUGUUAUUCAUGUGUAACCACGGCAUAAAAAUGAGUUGGAUUUAUUUUUUUUGCAGGAGUAAAAUACUUUACUUUUAAAAUAGCUCUCCCUAGGAAUAACAACACCCAAGAACUAGGUGUAAUUAAAAUGUUUAUUGGGUGUUUUGUUACAGUAAUUUAGCUUAACCUCCUGGUCAUAGGAAGAGGAGGCUGGGACACUCAAGCAGUGUCCAAGGGCCAGUGACCAAGGGCCAGCUGCAGAGGUGGAGAUAGGGUGGAGGGUUACAAAAUGCAUAUGUGAGGGAGAGAAGAGCGUUAUGCAUAGUAUUUAUGAUGUUUAGGUUAGGAAAAAUCAGGAUUGAUUUCUAAUCACUGACAGCUGGGGCAGAUUGAAUUGGCUGUUGUCAAUUUCGUUAUUAAUUCCAUUCGAUUAAUUUGACUAUCUUUUAGUCCUGAAGUGUUUUGUGCUUUACAGCAUCAAGCAAAAAUGUUCAUCCAAUUCUAAUUAGCUAAGGAUCUUUUAAGCUUUCUUUCAUAGGAAUUUUUGUACUAUUUAUAUAAAUUGUAUUGUGUACUGUGUAGUGAAAACAAAAGAAUGUGGUAAAGUGUCAUACUUUUAAAUAUUGUCAUUAAUUUUUAUCUGAGACUUUUCUUAAAUGUUUUUUUUACCUUUCUAGAAAUAAUAUGUAAUUGCUUAUUAAUGUAGAAUAUCUUGUAAAUGUUUCCUUGUAAACGAUUAAUUGCAAGCAAUGUCCCUUUGUUUCUACUUUGUAAGAGUGUCUGUGACAUCACAAUAAAAGCUUAGUUCUGCAGCAUUUCA